UUAUAUAAGUUGUCGUUUAUGGAAUAAAAAAUAUUUAUUUCAGGCUUCAAACACUGUAAAUUUUCAAAGUAUUAAGUUUUUUAUUAUGUCUAUGGAAACUGAAGGAGUGUUUACUUUCACUUGGGAAAUCGGUAACCUUAUUGAUUUAAUAAAUACAAUGGGUAAUUACCAGAAAACGAGUCCCACAGUUGAGGCUGCAACAUUGAAAGGAACUAAAUGGUAUUUAAGACUGUACAAAAAUCAAUUUCUUCCAAGUUCAUUUAUGUGUUGUCUAUGCAGGGAAAAUGACGAGAGCGAAUCUGAAAAUGUUUCAGUAACAUAUAAAUUAGAAUUGAUCGAUAUUGAUGGAAAGAUUAUCAAAUCAGUCGUAAAGGAAAAUAUUACUUUUUCAAAAAGUUCUAGCAGUUUUCUAGAUGAUAAUUUCUUGGAACUAUGUGAGAAAUUUACGGAACGUGUUAAUCCGACAUUAACUGUCCGCUGCCACAUAAUUGAUGCAAGCUACAAAAAACAAGCAAUGACGGUGGAAAUUCCGACUAUCCAUACGCAGUGGAAAGUAAAUAUUCCUGGUCCUGAAAAUUGGACGAAGAAAGUAAAAGUUCUAUUUCAUGAAUGCACUCAUAUAGAUAUUAUUAUGCACGCUUCCGAUGAGAGAAUCAACAUAAAAUUUGAAAAAGUGGACUUAUUACAACCUUAUAAACUGAAAAUCGCAGUAUUGAAUGAGGAAAAUCGUAAAAUAGAUUGCGAAUUUCCAAAAAAAGUUGUCGAAAUACAGAAAUUUGAGACAUGGAUUGAAAAAAGUCAACUUGUAGACAAAUCACGUUUUCACUUACCGUAUUCGUUCACACUGGUAUGUACCGUUAUAACUUCUGGUGGAAAUUCGGAUUCGAGCGCUGCGAAUUGGACACAGGAUGAUUCUUUUCCAUGUUUAAAGGCUUCUCCUUUACCUCUGCAAGAAAAUCUCAAAGAAAUGCUAUUGAAUGACAAGCAUAGUGACGUUAAAUUGAAGACACGUGACAAAAUCAUCCCGGCUCACAAAUGCUUGCUGUCAGCUCGAUCUCCUGUGUUCUCUGAAAUGUUUGAUCAAAAUAUGCUGGAAUCUCAGACUGCCGUUGUUGAUAUUCCAGAUGUAGAAAGUGAAACUCUGCAAUCAUUUUUAGAGUUUCUGUACACUGACACGAUCACCAACACUGAUUAUGAGAAAUUGUUGAAACUGAUGUUUGUGGCUGAUAAAUAUCAAGUGGAUAACUUGAAGAAUCGAUGCUCAUUAACACUGAUGUCCGAACUGUCGUUGGAGAACGUCUGUGAAGUGGUUUCUGCUUCUGAUGCGGUCAAUCAACCGAAUUUGAAAUUGUGGGCAGUUAAUUUUAUAAAAGAAAACAAAAAGAAGAUCAUUUCCUCAACUGUUUGGCCAGAGUGGGUGGAAAAGAACAUGAAAUUAGCCGUUGAAGUUGUUUCGAAGUUGAUUGAUGUUUGAACCAAAACGCAAUGCAAAUUUCGCUA